GGCCUGCCGAGCUCCCGCUGCCGCCUCCUGGCCCCGCUGCCGGCGGGCCCUUGGCUGCUGCGGGCUCUCCCCGCUCCCCUGAGCGGCUCCGCCGUGCGGUGUGUUUCGGUGUGCGUGUUUGCGGUGGUACCGGCUCGCCUGUGGUGCUUGUCCUUUAGAUCACGCCUUAGCCUCCAGGGCUCGCAAUUCCCCUUAAAGUCAGAACACCGCGUAAAACUGGCAACCUUGAAAAGAAUCUCUCCCACCUUUUCAUAAUUGGUGUGGAGACUUCCACCAGCUGAGGGAUGGAGAGGCCACUGGAGUCGGCUCUGUAAUUCAGGAAGAUUUCAUCCCAGCAAGUUGGAUGAAGGGUGUAACUGCUACUGAAGGAGGAUUUUAAAGGAGGUCUGAUGACAACAAAAGCAAACGCUCCUGUGACAGCAGGAUCUAUCGUUGUGCCUUACGGGCAUGUGAUUGGAAAUGAGAAGUGGAGAGGGUCAGAGCUAGCCCAAAGGCUACAAGGGAAAGUUAGACUCAUCUUUGAAGAUGCCUUGGGACUGGUGGACUUUCAUCUUUCAAACAGAACCUGCAUUUUACUUAUUUCUGAAGCAGAUUUGGUUGCAGGGGAUGAAUUCAAACGAAGAUUGGUUAGGUUUAGAAAUGCCAGCAGUCUGAGGGGAAUUGUAAUAGUAGAGAAAACCCCAAUCAGCGAUCAGUACUACCCAGGAGUACAAAAACUUGUUGUACUGGAACUUGGCAUGGUGUUGCUUCCCGUGGCAAAUCAAGGAGAAGCUUCUCAGCUUAUUAUUCAACUAGUGCGGGAGCAGAGCCGGGAUCGCGGCUCCAACCCCUUCCUCGGCAAGCAGCGCGCUCGGCCGGCGGAGCCCGCGCUGCUCCAGGCGCUGCAGCACAUCCCCGGCGUCGGCAAAACAAAAGCUCUGCUCUUACUGCAGCGCUUUGGGAGCAUCCAUCGCCUUUGCAACGCAGACAUCCGUGAGCUUGAGCAAGCAGUUGGACAAACAGUAGCACAACAAAUUUAUACUUUUUUACAUUCCUGAUGUGCAUGUGCAGUGGUAUUUUGCAGAACAAAAACUUGGGAUUUUUCUUCUAAAUGAUAAAGGUUUGGUUUUAAUGAUCACCUAUUAUGCUGAUUUCUGUAAUUAUACCUAGCAGCAACUGGACUCUGUAUUUUGCAUCUGUCUGGAACAAAUAAAAACCAAGAAAGCUUGAAAGUA